AUGCUUGGUUCCAUCUUUCAGAUUGUUGAUGUACGUGAUGAUGAUAAUCGAGUGUGGAUUAUUCGAAUGACAUUAUGCUCUGCUGAUGAUCAUCAUUUGAAGACUAUUUUUGAACAUAUGAAAAAUGAGCAUGGCGGUGGAGAAAAAAAUCUUCUCUCAUUUGGAAAUGUCUUAGCAGAUAUGGGGAAAUUUGAUGAAGCUGAGAAAUAUUAUCAUCGUUUACUUAAACAUCUACCUCCUUAUGAUCCAGAUAUUGCUCGUUGUUAUCAUGGUCUUGGGAAUGUUACUGAUGAAAAAGGUGAUUAUGAUUCAAGUCUUGAAUGGCAUAAAAAAUCACUCGAACUGAGAACCAAGGCAUUAAAACUAGAUCAUCCUCAUCUUGCAACAAGUUAUAUUAGUAUUGGAUGUGCUUAUUUUAAUAAAGAAGAUUAUGAACAAGCACUUGAAUCAUAUAAUACAGCAUUCGAUAUUAUCAAAAAAGCAUUUGAUGGAAGUCAUCCAGAUAUUGCAAUGUGUUUAAAUAAUAUAGGUUGUGUCUAUGAACGACAAAAGAAUUAUUUCAAAGCACUUCAAUGUCAUCAAAAGGCAUCGGAGAUUCGUUUGGAAUAUUUACCUGAACAUCAUCCUGAUAUUGGUCAAUCACAUCAUAAUAUUGGAAAUAUUCAUCGCAGUCUUGGUCAAUAUGAACCUGCGUUUAAACAUUAUAAUGAAUCACUUACAAUCAAAAUAAACUCUCUACCAUCAGAGCAUCGUGAUAUUGCUUUAACACUUGAAAACAUUGCUAACGUUUAUAAGGAUAAAGGAGAAUUACAAGAAGCAUUGUCGUAUUACAAGAGAGCUGAGACUAUCUAUGAUCAUUCAUUACCUUCAAACCAUCCAAGUGUCAUACAAAUUAAAGAAUAUAUUGAAUAUCUAUCUUAA